AUGAAGUCAGGUACCAUCUUCCUCCUCCUGGGGCUCCUGGCCCUGGGGAACGCCACAUGGAAGAAGGAGAAAAGUGCCACAGCCAAGGACGGUGAGUGUCCGGCCGAAAUGAAGGGGCCCGCACGACCCCCCCAGGCCUACUGUCUCUCGGAUGAGUCCUGCCCAGGGAGCGAGAAGUGCUGCAGCGAAGGGGACAGGAGAGUCUGCGUCCUCCCGGAUUCAGUGCACCCAGGGUAUUGCCCCAAGCCAGACGCAGGCCGGGUCACCAUCUGUCUUGUGAGCUGCUCCGACGACACGCAGUGCUCCAUGGACGAGAAGUGCUGCACCAUCGGCUGCCACAGAAAAUGCACCAAAGCUGAGCCAGCCUCCCCGGGCGUUUGCCCCAAGAGGAAAGUACUACAACCAUUUGCUCCUUGCGACAACAAGUGUGCUAGCGACAGGAGCUGCCCUGGGGAACAGAAAUGCUGCUUUACCGGCUGUGGCCUUGACUGUGUCCCUCCACAAGCAGGUGCCCUCAGCACCGCCCUGCCGCCCGCCCAGUCCGGAGAGGGCUGGGACUGGACCAAACAGACUCAAGAGGGAGGCAGUGCUACAGGGAAGCCUUGGACACCAAGGAAACGUGGAACCUGCCCACCCAACCUCGUCAGGUGUCUCUACACAGAGCCCCCUCUGUGCCGCAACGACACCGACUGCCAGGGGCGGCAGAAGUGUUGCUAUAACCGGUGUCGGUUCCGCUGCGUGGACCCGGAGGAAGAGAAACCCGGCGUCUGCCCAGCUGAGGCCCCAGCGGGCGUCCUCGAUCCCUGUUUCUUCCGCUGCUCGGCGGACGAGGACUGCCUGGGAAGCGAGAAGUGCUGCGCCCUGAGCUGCGGCGCGGCCUGCCUGGAGCCAGGGCAGGACAUUUGCCAGCUGCCAGCCCAAGCGGGUCUCUGUGACGUCUACUCCUUCCGGCACUUCUACAACGCCACCGCCCAGAGGUGCGAGCCGUUCUUGUACCACGGCUGCCGGGGAAACGCCAACAACUUUAGGACAGAAGCCGAGUGUGUCCAGGCCUGCGCAGGCCACGAGAAGCCCGGCGAGUGCCCGGCCGCAGAGCAGGGACCGGCCGGGGCCUGCGAGGAGAGAUGCCGCCGUGACGACGACUGCCCAGGCGCCCAGAAGUGCUGCAGGAACGGCUGCGGCUCCGAGUGCCGCUCAGUGACCCCAGAAGUGAGGCCUGGAGUCUGCCCAGCGUUACCAGGAGGAGCCGUCGGUGCCUGUGAUGAGAGAUGCCGUUCCGACAGCGACUGCCCGGGCGCCCAGAAGUGCUGCAGCAACGGCUGUGGCCUGGCCUGCGUGGCCGUGGCUCUCAUCCUGGAGGUGAAACCCGGCAUCUGCCCAGCCCAAGCGCCAGCGGACAGCCUCAGCCCAUGCUUCUUUCGAUGUACCAAAGACAACGAUUGCCCGGGCCAGGAGAAAUGCUGCCGUCUCAGCUGUGGCAUUGCCUGCCUGAGACCGAAGCACGAGAAACCAGGGCUGUGCCCAGCAUUUAAAAUCAGAGACGAGGGGCCGCCCCUGACGCUGUGCCAGCAGGACAGCGACUGCCACAAGAGAGACAAGUGCUGCAGGAUGGGCUCCAGCUACGUCUGUGCACCGCCCUCCCCCACGGCAGAGGAACCCGGCGCUGGCCCAGCCGCCCCCGAGGGGCACGGUGGGCAGAGAUGCCGCAGUGACUGGGACUGCCCGGGAGCAGAGAGAUGCUGCAGCCAUCGGUGUCGUGCAGAGUGCCCCGCGCAGGGCGAAGGGACCCCCACAUCUGGCCCAGCCGCCCCCGAGGGGCACGGUGGGCAGAGAUGCCGCAGUGACUGGGACUGCCCGGGAGCAGAGAGGUGCUGCAGCCAUCGGUGCCGUGCAGAGUGCCCUGCGCAGGGCGAAGAGGAACCCGGCGCUGGCCCAGCCGCCCCCGAGGGGCACGGUGGGCAGAGAUGCCGCAGUGACUGGGACUGCCCAGGAGCAGAGAGAUGCUGCAGCCAUCGGUGUCGUGCAGAGUGCCCCGCGCAGGGCGAAGAGAGACCCGGCAUCUGCCCGACGCUGCAGAGACCUGGCCUCUGUGUGGAGAAGUGCACCAGGGACGCGCAGUGCCCCAGGGGGCAGAAAUGCUGCAGCACCGGGUGUGGUCACGUCUGCAUGGGAGUCAUCGCUGAAGUGAGGCCUGGAGUCUGCCCGGCGUUAGCAGGAGGAGCCGUCGGUGCCUGUGAUGAGAGAUGCCGUUCCGACAGCGACUGCCCGGGCGCCCAGAAGUGCUGCAGCAACGGCUGUGGCCUGGCCUGCGUGGCCGUGAAGCUUGUCGAGAAACCAGGGCUGUGCCCAGCAUUUAAAAUCAGAGACGAGGGGCCGCCCCUGACGCUGUGCCAGCAGGACAGCGACUGCCACAAGAGAGACAAGUGCUGCAGGAUGGGCUCCAGCUACAUCUGUGCACCGCCCUCCCCCACGGCAGGUGAGACGGCACGUGCCCACGUGGGCUGCUCCAGGGGCACCCGCUGCCCACCCCGUCACUCCCUCCCAGGGGCCGAUGGCUCAAAGGCCAGUUUCCUGGUGCAGGGGCUGGGAUUCUCUGGAGCCCGUGACCUUUAUGUGGGGGGUACCCAGAGUUACUGGCUGGAGCAGGGCACCGGGAGGAGGAACAGGGAGGGACUAGAGGGACAGGCAGUGAGCAGAGAGCUCUGACAGCAUAUGGGGAGAGUGGGGUGCCCAUGACAGGGGCUGAGGACAGAGGCAACCGGGCCUUUUCCUCCUAAGUUAGCAUCCUGGGAACGAAAAGGUCUCAGUGCAGUGGGUGGGGAAAGGCUGGAACUCAAGGGCUGAGGCUGGAUUGAGGAGAGAGCAGGGUCUUUUGUCAGCCCCAUUCCCUGCCAUCCCCCCGAUACCAGCUGGAGCGUUAGGGCUUGUCUGGAUGGGGCGUCACUGCCCUGUGACUGCUCUGUGUUGCAGAGGAACCCGGCGCUGGCCCAGCCGCCCCCGAGGGGCACAGUGGGCAGAGAUGCCGCAGUGACCAGGACUGCCCGAGAGCAGAGA